AUGCAUUCAGACAGGGAUUCAGAGACAACCUUUGAUGAGGACUCUCAGCCAAAUGAUGAGGUAAUGCCCUACAGUGAUGAUGAAACAGAAGAUGAAUUGGAGAGUCCGCUGCCUGCAGUUGAACCAGAGCAAAACCGAAUCAACAGAGAGGCUGAGGAGAGCAGAGAACCAGUUAAGAAAGAUUGCAGCUGGCAAGUUAAGGCAAAUGAUCGAAACUUCCACGAACAACCCCAGUUUAAGAAAACAACAUUUCUAUGCUUCAAGAAAAGCAAAUAUGCUGGGAAUGCAAUUAAGACCUACAAAUACAAUGCAAUUACCUUUUUACCAUUGAAUUUGCUAGAACAGUUUAAAAGAGUGGCCAACUUCUAUUUCCUGGUUCUUCUUAUUUUACAGACAAUUCCUCAGAUAACUACUUUAUCGUGGUAUACAACGCUAGUGCCUUUGCUCUUGGUGCUUGGGAUAACUGCAAUCAAAGAUCUAGUGGAUGACAUCGCUCGCCAUAGAAUGGAUAAUGAGAUUAAUAACCGGACAUGUGAUGUUAUCAGGGAUGGAAGGUUCAAAACUGCUAAAUGGAAAGAUAUUCAAGUUGGAGAUAUCAUUCGUCUGGAGAAAAAUGCCUUUGUUCCUGCUGAUAUUCUGCUGCUGUCCAGCUCGGAACCCAACAGCCUUUGUUACGUAGAGACAGCUGAACUAGAUGGUGAAACUAACUUAAAGUUCAAAAUGUCACUUGAGGUAACAGACAGAUAUCUCCAAGAAGAAAGUGCAAUGGCAGAAUUUGAUGGUUUUAUUGAAUGUGAAGAACCCAAUAAUCGCCUAGACAAGUUUACAGGAACAUUAUUCUGGAGAAGCAGGACUUAUCCACUGGAUGCUGAUAAAAUUUUGUUGCGUGGCUGUAAAAUCAGGAAUACAGACUUCUGCCAUGGAGUGGUCAUAUUUGCAGGAGGAGACACAAAAAUAAUGAAAAACAGUGGAAAGACCAGAUUUAAAAGGACUAAAAUUGACUCUCUCAUGAACUACAUGGUUUACACGAUCUUUAUUGUAUUGAUCCUCCUGUCAGCUGGCCUUGCUAUUGGACACACUUAUUGGGAGCAGCAGAUUGGCAAUACUUCUUGGUACCUCUAUGAUGGUGAAGACUACAGCCCUCCGUACCGUGGCUUCCUUAAUUUUUGGGGCUACAUCAUUGUUCUUAACACUAUGGUUCCCAUUUCUCUCUAUGUGAGUGUUGAAGUGAUUCGUUUAGGCCAAAGCUAUUUUAUAAACUGGGAUCUGCAAAUGUAUUACCCGGAGAAGGAUACACCUGCUAAGGCCCGAACCACCACUCUGAAUGAACAGCUUGGACAAAUCCACUACAUCUUCUCAGAUAAGACAGGAACGCUUACACAGAACAUCAUGGCAUUCAAAAAAUGCUGCAUAAAUGGACAAACAUACGGAGAAUCCAGGGAUGAGUCUGGACAACAUCAAAACCAUGAAGAGCAAGUUGACUUUAGCUGGAACAUGUAUGCAGAUGGGAAACUCGCGUUUUGUGAUCAUUAUCUGAUAGAACAAAUUAGAUGUGGAAAGGAGACUGAAGUUCGACAAUUCUUUUUUCUGCUUGCAAUUUGCCACACGGUAAUGGUGGAUGCUUCUGAUGGUCAGCUCAACUAUCAAGCGGCCUCCCCAGAUGAAGGAGCCUUGGUAACAGCAGCCAGAAACUUUGGAUUUGCUUUUCUGUCACGAACUCAGAAUACCAUUACUAUAAGUGAGAUGGGGACUGAAAGAACUUAUGAUGUUCUUGCUAUCUUGGACUUCAACAGUGAUAGAAAACGAAUGUCUGUUAUUGUAAGAGAACCAGAUGGAAACAUUAAACUUUACUGUAAAGGAGCUGAUACAGUAAUUUAUGAACGUUUGCAUCCAAUGAAUCCUCAGAGACAGAUUACACAGGAAGCACUAGAUAUUUUUGCAAAUGAGACCUUGAGGACAUUAUGCCUCUGCUACAAGGACAUUAGUCAUGGUGAAUAUGAAGCAUGGAAUAAAAAGUUCAUGGAAGCUAGUGUAGCUGCAAGUAACCGUGAUGAAGCCCUGGAUAACGUAUAUGAAGAAAUAGAAAAAAACCUUAUUCUCUUGGGUGCUACAGCUAUUGAAGACAAACUACAGGAUGGGGUUCCAGAAACCAUUUCCAAACUUGCAAAGGCGGACAUUAAAAUCUGGGUGCUUACUGGUGACAAAAAAGAAACUGCUGAAAACAUUGGAUUUUCUUGUGAACUUUUAACAGAUGAAACUACAAUCUGCUAUGGAGAGGAUAUCAGUGCUCUUCUUCAAACAAGGUUGGAAAACCAGAAUAACAAAGCUGAAUCAAAUAUAAACUCCUCUCAAAGAACGAAUGAGCCAUUCUUUCAAUCUGGUAGAAAUCGUGCUUUAAUAAUCACUGGUUCCUGGCUGAAUGAAAUCCUUUUAGAGAAGAAAAAGAAGAAGAAGAAACUUCUAAAACUGAAAUUUCCCAGAACAGCAGAAGAGAAAGAAAAGCAAAUUCAGAGUAAAAGGAGAGCUGAUGCUAACAAAGAACAGCAACAAAGAAACUUUGUAGACUUAGCAUGCGAGUGCAGUGCAGUGAUCUGCUGCCGCGUAACUCCCAAACAGAAGGCCAUGGUGGUGGAGCUGGUGAAGAAAUAUAAGAAAGCUAUAACUUUGGCUAUAGGGGAUGGUGCCAACGAUGUAAACAUGAUCAAAACUGCUCAUAUUGGUGUUGGAAUUAGUGGACAAGAAGGCAUGCAAGCAGUCAUGUCAAGUGACUAUUCUUUUGGACAAUUCAGAUACCUGCAAAGAUUACUAUUAGUUCAUGGCCGAUGGUCCUAUAUAAGGAUGUGCAAGUUCCUACGAUAUUUCUUCUACAAAAACUUUGCAUUUACGCUAGUACACUUCUGGUACUCAUUCUUCAAUGGCUAUUCUGCCCAGACCGCUUAUGAAGAUUGGUUUAUCACGCUUUACAACGUGUUAUAUUCCAGUCUUCCAGUUCUUCUGGUUGGCUUGCUUGACCAGGAUGUGAGCGACAAACUUAGUCUUCGGUUCCCUGGUUUGUAUAUAUCUGGACAGAAAGACUUGCUUUUUAACUACAAGAAAUUCUUUGUAAGCUUAAUACAUGGAAUUAUAACAUCACUGAUUAUUUUCUUCAUACCGUAUGGAGCUUAUCUUCAAACCAUGGGGCAAGAUGGAGAGGCACCUUCAGACUACCAAUCAUUUGCUGUCACUGCAGCCUCUUCUCUCAUAGUUGCAGUCAAUUUUCAGAUGGGUUUGGAUACCUCUUACUGGACUUUCGUUAAUGCUUUCUCAAUAUUUGGGAGUAUUGCACUUUACUUUGGUAUCAUGUUUGACCUUCACAGUGCUGGAAUACAUGUUCUCUUCCCAUCUAGCUUUCAGUUUACAGGGACUGCUCCAAAUGCUCUAAGACAGCCAUAUCUCUGGUUGACAAUACUUUUGUCAGUUGCAGUUUGUUUGCUUCCUGUUGUUGCACUAAGAUUUUUGUCAAUGACAAUUUGGCCUUCAGAAAGUGAUAAAAUUCAGAAGAACCGUAAGAAAUACAAGGCUGAAGAACAGUGGAAGCGAAGGCAGAGCACUUUUCGUCGAGGGAUAUCAAGCCGUCGUUCUGCUUAUGCUUUCUCACAUCAACGGGGAUAUGCUGAUCUUAUUGCUUCUGGACGUAACAUACGUAAAAGACGAGCACCUUUAGAUGCUGUGCUACGCCACAAGGUGGCCGAAGGUAGACAAGUUGGUGAAGCCAGCUGA